AUGUCUAGAGAUAGAAGGCAUUCGAGCUUGUGGUGGCUUCAGCAAGAGAGCUUUCGGAGAAGGUGUUAUUUGGAGCUGGGAGUUGCUGAUCUGAAGCUUCCAAAGAAGGCAAAGUGUGGCUGCUGCCGAACACGGUCAAUCAGCCGUGUGCGAAGCAUGUGGAGUUUUCUACGGCUGCCAUUCGGUAUCCUUGGGUGCCUUGAGAAAUUUUCCAACUGUAUGACAGAUUGGUGA